UAGAAAAAUUCGUGAAAUUUGAUGCAACCAAAGGCGCCCUUGGACAGUAAUUGAAAUUUCGUUGUAAUUUUUCUUACCAAAUUUUCUCUUACAUCAUACAUUAUGGCCCUGCUUGGUAGACUCGAAGGAAAGGUUGCACUAAUAACCGGCGGUGCAAGCGGCAUCGGCGCACAGACUGCUAGACUAUUCCAUCGCCAUGGGGCCAAAGUCAUCAUCGCUGACAUCCAGGACGAACUGGGCAACUCGAUCAGCAAAGAACUGAGCCCCACAGAUACUUCCUUCAUCCACUGUGAUGUACAGGACGACGCCCAUGUCCGCAACGCUGUCGAUAGUGCAAUCACCAGAUUCGGGAAGCUCGACAUCAUGUUCAACAAUGCGGGCACUGUGGAGCCACUCAAGCCAAACAUCCUCGAUAAUGAUAAGGCCGACUUCAAGAGGGUCCUCAGCAUUAAUGUAAUGGGCGCCUUCUUGGGCACCAAGCAUGCGGCCCGCGUCAUGGACCCGGCUCGCCACGGAAGCAUGAUCAUAACCGUCAGCACUUCUUCGGUCUCUGGUGGGGCCACCCCCCAUGCGUACACAUGCUCCAAGCAUGCGGUGGUGGGGCUCAUGAAGAAUGCCGCUGUUGAGCUUGGUCGGUUCGGCAUUCGUGUGAACUGUGUGUCACCAUACUUGGUGGCGACACCAUUAGUUAAGAACUUCUACGAGGCAGAGGAUGAACCGAAUCUCUACUCAAACCUUAAGGGGGUUGUGCUGAAGGCAGAAGACAUUGCUGAAGCUGUCCUUUUCUUAGGCAGUGAUGAGUAUGUGAGGGGGCACAACCUCAUAGUGGAUGGAGGUUUCACCAUCACUAAUCUCCGCAGUAGAUGCAUUCACAGUCAGACGAAAGCUGAGCUGCUGACAUCUUCCACAGUGCCGAUCAAGAUGGCACUACCAUCUCCGAUGAAGGUUAUCGCGGCUGACGGUGUUUCUGUAUGCGAAAGCUGUCGGAGGUGGAAUGGAAAUCCACGUCUGCCUCCACUGAGGAUACAGGGAAAAAUCCCUGAUUUCAACUGUUCCAGGAAUUCGAAAAUCUCUGAUGCUGAUGUGAGAUGA